AAAAAUAUUGCAAUUUAUAGUUAAUGUAAUUUAUUUAUGUAGCCAACACAUCGCAACUAAUAAAUUUUAAUUGCUUAUUAAAGUAUUCAUAUCAAAGUUGCAAUACACUCAAUCAAAUCUGGUAAUAAUAUGGAUAAAGUAGUAAGAACUCAAGGCGAUGGAAUUGAUAACUCAACUUUUAAUAAGCCUCACCCACUAGAAUCUAUAAUAAAUCCCACGACUGCUGCAAAACGCAGCAAACAGAUUUUAAACUCAUUAAGACCAGUGGAGCCUAGCAGUAAAGUGGUGUAUUUAACUCCAAAACACAAAUUUUCUCCUAAAGUUGCUCCCAAUUAUUUUGUCCAGAAACAGAAGGAACCAAAAUUCGUGCCAUGCGAACCGUAUAAGGCUGCCGUUGAACCAUUGAUAUAUAGUAAGAAAGUAGUUAAUAGAAGCCCUAAAAGAGUAGCUAGGAAUGACAUGGAUUUGCAAAACCUUGUGACCCAGUUGUCUGAAACCCGAAAACUUGAGAUGGAUAAGAUUAAUGUUAUUAAAGAAGUGGAUGAAAUUGACCAUGCGAAACUAGUGUUGCAGUGGAAGAAAGAGAAGGAACAGUAUGAGAUUGAUUUACAGAAUUUGAGGUCAUCUAAUAAUUUAUUGGAAAAUCAAUUAAAAUUCCAAGCUCAGGUCAACAGCGAGUUAAAAACACUUUUGGUAGCAGCUGUUGGAGAAGAUUUGGAAAACAGAGUACAACAUUUAACUGAAGAUAAAUUAUCAUUGGCAAGGGCAUUGUUAAAUUCCGCAAAUCAUCUAACGUCACAUCAAGAACAUACUGAAUGGUUGUCUGGUCAGUGUGAGGUGUGGAGGAGCAAAUUCUUAGCUUCUAGUUUAAUGGUGGAGGAACUAGCUAAAUGGAAAUCCGCUUUUUCGAAUAGAACCAACGAGCUCCAAGAAGUGACCAAAAUGCUUCUCGAUGAACGUAAGAAGAUCCAUUCUCAAUUAUUAGAACUACUUAGUCAAUUAAACAGUAUUAACAAACAUGUUUUCAAAGAAAAUCACCAACAGCCCGUUUUGACUUAUGGAAAUGUAUUAGAAGCUACUCAUAUCGAUUUGGAAUUAGCUAGAAAAUUGAGAGAUUAUUUAAAGUUGGAUGAUACGGGUGAUAAAAAUAUUUUUAGUGCCGUUGGUGUUCAACCAACACUGGCAGAAAAGAAAGCUCAAAGGUUGCUCAACAAUCCUGUAGCAAUUAGCAAUAAACCAGAUGCUCUUUGCAGCGCUGUUAUAGGCGCUGCUUCGUCUGUCAGCAACGAGCAGAUGUUUCUACAAUAUCCCUCUGCGCAUCCAUGUUGCUCACACUGUAAAGGAGAAAUCCAGAACAUAUGACGACACGCCAUAGGUGGAGUAUGCUCAUAUAAUUCCACUACAUUUAAAUAAGCAAUAAUCUUUUUGAUAGGUGUUUUUUGUUAUUUAAUAUUUAUACAAUACAUCGAUUAAACCUAA